AUGCCAGAUAAAGAGAUACUAAGCAGUGAUGUAGAAUUAGUUAACAGUAGUACUAUUUCACUUUCAAGUAAAAGUCAACAUCUGUUUUGGAGAAAAACUUCUUCAGCAGAUGAAGUUCAUGACAGUCAAAUCUUACCAUCAACAAUCGUGGAAACAUUAGUUGAUGCUCUUACACAAAAACUAGGUCUUGUCUCCAGUUAUGUGCAACUUUCUCACUGUGUGUCACAUAUGAAGCUUGUGGAUAAAUAUCGUACGUUAUCUUCCUAUGGUCUCGAAGCCGGUCAAAUCAUUGACGUGGCCAUCGAUCCAACAGCCACGCGCAUCAUUUGCAUAGUUUUGUCGUCUGGAAAAAUUUUGGAGUUUGAUGUAGUCAUAGAAAGUCGUAUGCGUGAAUUAAAAAAGAUGAUUCAAGAUUAUACAGGUAUUGACAUUUCUUACCAAGUCAUUCUCAAAGAUGACCGAGCACUAGUCGAUGAUGAGAUCAUAUCUGAUUGUCUUGGCGAUUCCAACGGUCCAUUAAAUGUCAACUUUGUUCUAAAUGGUUCAUUAAUUCUUGAUCCAUCAAUAUUCGCAUCGAAUUUUAACUAUAACCAUACCAUUCCUUAUGAUGAGCUUCAUGGUGGCAAGCAAAUUGUCUUCAAUGUUCAAAGCAGAUAUGAAACGAAAGAUUGUUGGCUUGGCAUAAUAGGUACCGCUGCUGGUGUACUGUUUGAAAAUUGA